UGCCAAAAGUAUUCGCUCAUCUGCCUUUAGAUAUGAACUUAAGUGACAUCCCAUUCUUAAUCCAUAGGGUUUAAUAUGACGUCGGCCCACCCUUUGCAGCUAUAACAGCUUCAACUCUUCUGGGAAGGCUUUCCACAAGGUUUAGGAGUGUGUUUAUGGGAAUUUUUGACCAUUCUUCCAGAAGCGCAUUUGUGAGGUCAGACACUGAUGUUGGACGAGAAGGCCUGGCUCGCAGUCUUUGCUCUAAUUCAUCCCAAAGGUGCUCUAUCGGGUUGAGGUCAGGACUCUGUGCAGGCCAGUCAAGUUCUUCCACACCAAACUCGCUCAUCCAUGUCUUUAUGGACCUUGCUUUGUGCACUGGUGCGCAGUCAUGUUGGAACAGGAAGGGGCCAUCCCCAAACUGUUCCCACAAAGUUGGGAGCAUGGAAUUGUCCAAAAUCUCUUGGUAUGCUGAAGCAUUCAGAGUUCCUUUCACUGGAACUAAGGGGCCAAGCCCAGCUCCUGAAAAACAACCUCACACCAUAAUCCCCCCUCCACCAAACUUCACAGUUGGCACAAUGCAGCCAAGCCCAGCUCCUGAAAAACAACCCCACACCAUAAUCCCCCCUCCACCAAACUUCACAGAUGGCACAAUGCAGUCAGACAAGUACCGUUCUCCUGGCAACCGCCAAACCCAGACUCGUCCAUCAGAUUGCCAGAUGGAGAAGCAUGAUUCGUCACUCCAGAGAACGCAUCUCCACUGCUCUAGAGUCCAGUGGUGGCGUGCUUUACACCACUGCAUCCGACGCUUUGCAUUGCACUUGGUGAUGUAUGGCUUGGAUGCAGCUGCUCGGCCAUGGAAACCCAUUCCAUGAAGCUCUCUACGCACUGUUCUUGAGCUAAUCUGAAGGCCACAUGAACUUUGGAGGUCUGUAGUGAUUGACUCU